AUGUCCCGACGCCUGCAUACAUCUCCUGUAAAGUGGGGCUUCUCCGGAACACGCGACGGCCAGCAUAGCAACGUACUAUCACAAAAGUCUUUCUGGACCGCUAGCCGCGUAUUACUGUUCACCUCAUUCACAGCUUCAUUGACAUACGCCUACGGUCUUAGUGAUACCAGCCCCCAUUUUCAUAUUCCAUGGCUUAGUGCGGCGAAGCCACGAUAUGGCAACAAAAAGCAGAUGGAAAUGGCAGUUGAAGAGCUUCGAUCGGUCUUAGGUGCAGAUGCCGUCAGUACCGACGAUGACGAUCUAUUAUUGCACGGAUAUUCAGAAUGGUCAUCAAUCAAUAUCGAUCAAUUGCCAGUCGCCGUGGUAUACCCGAAAUCCACAGAGGAGGUCUCGCGGCUUGCCAAAGUAUGCCAUAAGUACAGAGUUCCAAUGAUUCCGUAUUCAGGCGGGUCUAGCCUAGAAGCAAAUUUUUCUGCGCCGUAUGGUGGUAUGAGCGUGGACUUUGUUCACAUGGAUCAGAUCGUGGCUUUACAUGAAGACGAUAUGGAUGUGGUUGUUCAGCCAGCGAUGGCGUGGAUGAACCUGAAUGAACUCAUCAAAGAUUCCGGGCUUUUCUUCCCUGUUGAUCCUGGGCCAUCUGCUAGGAUUGGAGGUAUGGUAGGAACUAGCUGCAGUGGAACAAACGCUGUCCGUUACGGUACCAUGAAGGACUGGGUUAUAAAUCUAACCGUCGUGUUAGCUGACGGUACCGUCAUAAAGACGCGGCAACGUCCCAGAAAAUCAUCUGCAGGAUACAAUCUGACCAGUCUAUUCAUUGGAUCAGAAGGAACAUUAGGUUUUGUUACUGAAAUCACGCUCAAGCUUGCCGUCGUACCACAGGAGACAAGCGUUGCGGUCGUCACGUUUCCGACAAUACGUGACGCGGCGGCAGCAGCUUCUAAGGUUAUGCGAUCAGGGAUCCCUGUGGCGGCAAUGGAGUUGAUGGACGAAGUACAAAUGUCUGUUAUCAACAAGACUGGCUCAACAACGAAAAAGUGGAGAGAAGAGCCUACAAUGUUCUUCAAGUUCUCAGGAACGAAACAAGGAGUACAGGAAAACAUCAGAGCAGUGAAAUCUAUAUCUAAGCAGCACAAGAGCGCCGAGUUUGAGUUUGCUAUGACUCCCGAAGAGCAAAAAACUCUCUGGUCAGCACGCAAAGAGGCUCUCUGGAGCAUGCUCGCCCUGCGCAAAGAUGAAGGCUCCGAAGUGUGGUCCACUGACGUGGCCGUUCCUCUUUCUCGCCUGCCCGACAUCAUAGAAAUUUCGAAGAAAGAGAUGGAUGAUCUCGGCCUCUUCGCUAGUGUUCUUGGGCAUAUCGGCGACGGCAAUUUCCAUGAAAGCAUCUUGUAUAACAAGAACAAUCCCAAGGAGCGCGCAGCUAUCGAGCAGUGUGUCCAACGUAUGGUGGAUCGCGCAUUGGAAAUGGAAGGGACCUGCACCGGAGAGCACGGGAUUGGUCUUGGGAAGAAGAAAUCGCUGGUGAAAGAAUUGGGCUUGGAAACCAUUGAGGUCAUGAAGAGCGUCAAGCAUGCCCUUGAUCCGUACUGGCUCAUGAAUCCCGGGAAGAUCAUGGACUUGCCAAAUUAG